CUUUUUUGAAAAUAUUGGCGGCGGUUGUGCUACCGACAAGGUUAGCGAGUUUAUUUGCUUAAUUCGAGCUAAUUUUAAACCGAGCGUUUGAUCUGAAAGUGUCGCCUUAGUAGGGAUAUGGACGAUAGUCCUUACUAACAAAAGGGAAACCAAGAUGGCGAGUGAUGUGUGCAGCCAUGUAAAGGUUGUUGUUCGAGUGAGGCCGGCCAAUGACAGUGAAAAGCGCGAAAACUGUCGGAAUGUGGUCCAGGUCGUCGAUAACCACAUGCUCAUAUUUGACCCCAAAGAAGAGGACUUGUCGUGCUUUGGGUCACAAAGAGUACGAAACAGAAACAUCAAUAAAAAGGCUAACAAAGACCUGAAGUUUGUUUUUGACCAAGUCUUCGACGAGAAUGCUACACAAGUCGACAUUUUUGAGAAUACCACUAAAGGAGUGCUGGAUGGGGUGAUGAAUGGAUUCAACUGUACAGUGUUUGCCUAUGGUGCUACCGGAGCAGGCAAGACACAUACCAUGUUAGGUUCACAAAAUGACCCUGGGGUCAUGUACCGCACAAUGAAAGAGCUCUUCAAACGCAUGGAUGACGCCAAGGAGGAGAAGGAGUUUGCAGUUGCAUUUUCAUAUCUUGAAGUUUACAAUGAACAGAUCAGAGAUUUAUUGGCUAACGCAGGACCUCUUGCAGUCAGGGAGGACAGUUCUAAAGGAGUGGUUGUACAAGGCCUCACACUGCAUAAGCCCAAAUCUGCAGAGCAGAUUCUCGAGGCUUUGGAUUCUGGCAAUCGAAACAGGACACAGCACCCGACUGAUAUGAACGCCACCUCUUCUCGUUCCCAUGCUGUAUUUCAGAUAUAUUUGAGACAGCAGGACAAAACUGCCAGCCUCAAUCAUAAUGUAUGUGUUGCCAAAAUGAGCCUGAUUGACUUGGCAGGCUCAGAGAGAGCCAGUGCCACCAACGCUAAAGGGGCACGCUUACGAGAAGGCGCUAACAUCAACCGUUCACUCCUCGCCCUGGGAAAUGUCAUCAAUGCUCUUGCUGACCCAAAGAGUAAAAAGGCUCAUAUACCGUACAGAGACAGCAAGCUGACGCGGAUACUUAAAGACUCCUUGGGAGGCAACUGCAGGACGGUUAUGAUUGCCAAUGUUAGCCCCUCUUCCAAAUCAUAUGAUGACACCCAUAAUACCCUAAAGUAUGCCAACAGGGCUAAGGAGAUCAAGUCCUCGCUGAAGAGUAAUGUUGUCAGCUUGGACAGUCAUAUUGGCCAGUAUGCUGUGGUCUGUGAGAAGCAGCGGCAAGAGAUCAUGCAGUUGAAGCAGAAACUAAAAGAAUAUGAGACGAAGAGCACGGGGGCUGGGGCUUUUAGCACAAUCUCUUCCCAGAAGCAAGAAGAGUUCAAAAGGGUGUCAGAAACGCUGCGGCGAAUCUUCUCGAGCCAAGCCCAAAUCAGGCAAGAACAGCUGGAUUUGGAGAGACAGCUGAAGGAGAAUGAGCUGCGCCAGCGCUACAGCGAGGAGGACAACCUGCAGGUCCAAUACCUCUGUGCCAAGGAAAAGACUGAGAAGGCCACUUGUAAGCACGAGCGGAAGAUUGCCAGCUUACGGACUCAGCAGCAACACAUUUGCAAGCGUUUGAAGGAGGCAGAAACGCGUUUCCUGGAAAACGACGGCUGGCUUCACCGCGUCGAGAACGAGAUUAGGUUGUUGAAGUCAAACAAUCAAACCUCAGAGGUGUUAGAGAAGGAGCUACACUGCCACAGAUUGGAGCUGCAGGUAAAUGAUCUCAAACAACACAUCAAGCAGAUGGUCAAGCUCACCAAUCUGCAGGAUCAGGAGAACAAGCGCAUGCAAAAAAUGGUGAACAUCUUGCUGCCAGCUUAUAGUCGGCAUUAUUCUGCGCUGCGUGGAGCCGGGCUGACCACAGAAGCUGACGAGACGGACAACCAAGAACUCGAACACCUUGUGCUGAGGGAGAGGGGCGUGGUCUGGGCUGACCAGGAAGGGGCGGGGCCGCAGCAGAAAGGUGGAGGGAUUUGUGUGGAGUCACAGGAGACAAAUGAGGCAGGAAAAAUUGGACUCCGCAGCGAGCUGGCACCUGUCCUCUCUUUCACACAUCUGCAAUACCACCAGAAUAGCCCCUGCAGCUCAGAGAGGCACGUGAAAAGAUUGUGCAAUCCUUCUCCAUCACCAAAAGGCAAAGGAAAUCAAACAGAUGUGGCACAGGAAUCACUUCCCAGAAUGCCCAUCAGGAGAAAUUUAUCUGCGUUACUCCCACCGCAAAGCCCCCGCACAGUUGCUGUUAGCCAAGAAUUUGAGGAGGACAUGUUUCCUCUCCAGUGCACGCCAGAACCAUGUCAAAAAACCACCCAGGCCCAGCUGCCAAGCUCCUCCAGUGCCAUCGAUCCAAACAUGACCUUUGAAGUUACAGACAAUGAAGACCAAGCUGCAAGUAACGCAACCAUCAUAAUAAGCAGCAGUAGUCCGUGUCAAGCAUCAACGUCCACAGACGUCUCGGGUCAACCUAACAAAGCCAUGGAGGGGAAUCAGAUGACCACCAAACGACAACAGAUCGCACCGCUCCAAGAAGCAAGACGCACCAACCCGACCUACAUGAGUAUGACGUCUGCUGCACAAGGGAAGCGAAAGUUUAACUGCAGCUUCAGAGAAGAGUUAACACAUGCAGCAAAGCGCGUAAAGAAAGAUUCCUUGGUGGCCCAGAGGCCACUCAGAGUGCAUCGUUUUGUUGGUUCAGAGAACAAGCCUCGGAGAGUUGUGAGGAGCGUUUCUGAAGGAUAUCUUAACCUCAUUGAACCGCAGAAACCCAAGUCCAUUUUCUAUAAAACAUCUCAGCAGCUGAAACGAGUGGCUAAACGCAUGUGAGGCAGCACUGAGCUCAAGUCAUAUUGCCUAUAAAAACACUUUCGACCCCGCGCCUUUUCCAUCCUCAUUGGUGUUUUUAGAAGAUCUUUUUUUUUCUCCAAAGCUUAGAAGAAAGUGCUCAAUCGUGCAGAAAUGCUAAAUGUAAUUGGAUAAAAGUUCUACUGAGUCACGUUUUAUUUCCUUACAGCCUUGCACUGAAGUGAACUUUCACUUGUACAUAAGCAUUGUAUGGGCAGUUGUAGAAUAUUCAGAUUAUUCUUGAUUUGUAUUAGUUUGGAGCCUUCCUUUGGAUUUUAACCUGUAUUAUUAAAGUUAUGUACACACUAACAGCAAAAAGAAAAAAAUGGAUAAAUCACUGUGUGUCCUGUAGAUAUUUUUGUGCAUUAUGUACUUUGAUCUAUUUUCAAAUGGUGAUCACCUUUUAGGUGACCACAUUAACCAGGGCAGCUAAUAACAUCGAAACUGCUCGACUCUGAGCUGUUUGUGUUUCUUAUUUUUAUCCUGUACAGGUAAUAACAUGGGUUUAUAGAUAUUUCAUAAUAAAAGUGCUUGUAAGAGAAUCUGUGGUUUUUCAAUAAAAAGAUCCUUUUCACCAAAAAAAGUAAAAAA